AUGACCAAGGAAGGUUCACCGGUAUUGGGCAAGAUACCUGUGAUGCCGCCAGAUGACUUGAUGAAAUCGCAAGUAGCAUUACUGACAGGUGGCCGAGAUCAAGAAGGUAGACCUAUUAUUACAAUACCAUCUAAACAGUUCAAUGUUCUAAGAAGCACGACAUUAGAAGAUGUUAUUAAGUAUUAUAUUGGAAUUACAAGACCACAGAUAAAACAUGUUGGUUUUGGUUUUGUUGUUGAUCUGUGUAAAGCAAAUGAGAGCAUUAUUGACAUCAUUAUAACUACAUUGAACAGUGUCCAGGCUCAGAUGAAAGGUUCUGUUGCUAUGCUAUAUGCUGUUUCCCCCAUUAUGAAAGAUCUACGGAAACACAUGCUGACAAGAUUGGGACUAAGAAAAAGUAAAAAAGCAAAAUAUAAAGGAAUUUCCAUACCUUUAUUUAAGCUAAUUGAUUGGAUCAAUAAUAAAGGAAUGGUUUAUUUAAGGCAUAAUACUGAAAUCCCAGACUGUUUAAGCAGAGCUGAAAUUAUAAAAAAUCAUUUUGAAACAGGGUUUUUAACCACAUCCAAGGAAGUUAUCCAACAUUCUGAGUGCUUACUGCAGCAAGCUGAUGACAUGGUUAUUAAAGAUCACUAUAACAUUCCAGUCAUUCUGUCCUCGUCUAAAAACUUCACAAAUUUACUACAACAGUUCAAAGAGGCCAUCCAUAGAAGACAUAAAGUCUUACACCAUAUCUUUAUCUUCUACCUCAUUUUACAGAAGUGUCUGCAAUGGUACAGAAAAACAUUGACGUUUUUACCGUCCCAGUUACUAGAACAUAAGGAUUUUUUUGUUUCAUCUUCACGCAAACAUAGUAAACAUCCUUACUUAUUAACAAUGGAAUGGAGAAAAGAAAGUAGCAAGUUUUUAUCUCAUCAUCCACCACCGAGUAUUGAUGACCUGCGUCGUUUGAAGGAAUCCAUUUUGUUGAUUUCCGAUAUGAAAGUUCGAACACAGGCUAGACUGUUGAUACAUAGGUGUUUGCUUCUGAAGCAUUUAUUCAAUUUCAAUGAUACUAUGAGUCCCAAGGAGUUAUUAAAGAUCUUUCAGUGGCAGACUAAUUAUCUAGAAGGAUUUGAUGACAUUGAACUUGGAGACGAUAGUGAUACAGAUCAAGACAAAACUGGCAACAAUAAUCGUAGGAAGAGUGAAGAUGAUGACAAUGCUGGACAGGGAACGGGCAAUAAGGAAACUGAUAGAACUCAUGAUAAUCAUGAUUUUAACGAUGAGAAAUAUGAUGAUGAGGGUGAUCAAUUUGACAAUACUUCAAGGACGUACAGUGAGCAGCAUUAUAGUCCGAGGAAUAACUCAUAUCAACGAAAAUCUACAUUAAAAAAAAGAAUUAAAGAAAAAAAGGAGAAGAUGAAAAAUCGUCGCUAUAGUGAUUUUGGUCCUCGUCAUGUGAGUAUCAAUGAAGGAAGGAGACACAGUGAUGGGUGGAUACACAGUAACAAUUCAUAUAGGACUGCAGCAGAUGAUAGUGGUGAUAAAAAAUUAUACCGAGAACAUGAAAACAAAUUGCUACCAUAUCAACAAGAUAAAUUAGGUGAAAUGGACACCACUAAGGAAACGUUUGGUAUCUAUGGCAAUAGUGAUGAUGUGGAGGGCAUGUUGAAUGGUCCAAAACCAGCUACAAUAAACAGUUCAUUAUUAUCGCAGCAACAAGCUCCUAUCAUGCAACCAAUAUAUUUAAAACUACCCGAAUCAGACCAGUUAUUGACUUGCAGUGUUGGCGUUGAUGGUGUGUAUCGCGCACAGCCAGUACACGUCAACAGUAUAACGCCAGAACACAUGGCAAAGUAUGGAAUGUACAGUCCAGUUCAGUCGGUUCAUGCAUCGCCUUCUCACAUCAUAAACCCAGGGUAUGUGUACCCAACAGUAAAUAGUAAUAAUUUACAUAAUACCUCGCCACUUGUUCCACAAAGCCAUGUGAAUCAUAUGCAUCCUAGGACGUUGAUACCGUUAUCAAAUAGUAUGGGAAUGAUGUCUAAUCAAUAUAGGCCACACACAUCAUCUGUUUCAACAAAUCCGCAGUAUCCAUCACCCAUCAAUCAUCUUCCAACCACACCUGUGCCAGUGAAUUCCACCAAUCAGCUAACCAGACUGCCUUACAGUAACAUUUCUAAUACACCAAUGAGUGCAAAGCCAAUCAGUGAUUGGUCAGCACCAAGUCCAAUGACGGAGCUAGAACAACUUGAAAUGGAAGUGAAUGCAGAGAAGAGACAAAUAGAAGAUGAAAUUGAACUUGAGAGAAGCCUAAGUAGACCAUCCAUUGAUAGGAGUCUCAGCCAAGGGGACUUAUAUAAUCCAGACAAUAUGGAUGGGUUGUUAAGAAUUAGUCAAUCACAGGAAAAUGUCAGUGGAGAUUUAGAAGCAGUACUUUUACAACAGUUGAAAAUACUGAUGAAUUCUGAAGAAAGAGAGAAAGCCCCAAAACCGUAUAAGCGUUAUGCAAGGGGACAUAUAAGUAGUGAUGGCAUGACAUCCGGCAAUGAAAGUGAUCCAGCACUAGAAGAGUAUAGGAAAAUGCUACAAGAUGCAAAACAGCUAAGAUUGGCAUCAGAAGAAUCAUUACUUGAAGAAAAACUUCGGUAUGAAUCAUUACGCCUGCAACAAGAAGAAAUAAUACAAACAGCCGUUGAGCAAAGUCUGAAAAGAUCUGAGAAAAUGCUACAGGAAGAAGAGGAGGUGAUACACCAAGAAGAGGAACUAGAUAAACUUGUCAAAAUGAAUGAGGAGGAGGAGAAGUCACGUAAAUCACCAUGGCAACCAUCGUCAGUGUUAUCUGCAUCUGCUGGCCCUGACACCUCAUCUCUAGAUGAUGAAUUGCAGCUUCUUGAACUGCCAGAUAAACAAAAUCACAGAAGAUUAGCAAGAGGCUCAAGUUUGCAGCUUUCUGAUGAAGGCAUAGUGUUAGACAAUAGCACAUCACCAGAUGGAAGUUUGAGUCAAAUCCAGGACAUGGAUGCGGACCAACUUGUCGCUUUUAUUGAAAAAGAGAGAAGUGAAAGGCCUAGGAAGAAAUUGAUGGUCGGUCAGAUCAUGGCAACUGCCAAAGAUGUGCCAGAAAAGCAAGAGAAGACAAUUGCACAAAAGCUACUGUAUGAUAAAUUACAAGAAAAUAGAAAGGUUUUUGAAAAUGGUGGCAAAGAAGAUUCACUGAGUGAAAUAGAUAAACAACUAAAUGAAAAAAUUAUCAUUGCCGCCAGAUUGAACUCUGCAAUCGAUGCUCAGGACAAUGAGCAACCUGGAAUAUGGACCUGA